AGAAGAAGAAACCGGAAACAUGGAUGUUGUUUGAUAGGUGAACAACAGACCAUUCAAAUAACUUUAAAACGGCACCGGAAACAGGCAUGUUUUACUUUGGUAACAACAGCCUGUCAACAGAGCAUAAUUCCGAGUCUAUUACGGGGAGCAGUUAGUUUGAUUCGCCCUCAUGCGGUGAUCAUUGUAUGAGGGAAACAACAUGGACACAGAGGCAGUGGACGCUGCUGGACCCGAACCAGAGCAGAGUCCGAAUUCCGAACUCUCUGCAGCAAUGCGGGCCAAGAUCGAGAGGAACCGGCAACGCGCUCUGAUGCUCCGACAGGCCCGGGUCGCCAGCCGCCCUUUGUCUGCUGUGGAGGGAGCAACGUCUUCCAAAGUGUCCAAAACCGUCGACUCUGGUGGAGGUUUCUUCAUCGAGGAGGAGGAGGAGGGAGAAGAAGAGCACAGGACCAGGAGGGUGGUGCACGAGCCAGCUCCAGUGAUUAAGCCAGACUACUUGGUGUGCGAUGACUGUGGAAAACCCUUCAUGGACUCUUACCUCAGCAACAGCUUUGACCUCUCCGUGUGUGACAAGUGCAGGGACAAUGAGGAGAAGCACAAGCUGAUCUCCAGAACAGAGGCCAAGCAGCAGUACCUGCUCCAGAACUGUGACCUGGACAAGCGAGAUCCUCCACUCAGGUUUAUACUGAAGAAAAACCCUCACAACUCACGCUGGGGGGAUAUGAAGCUCUACCUCAAAGUACAGGUGGAGAACAGAUGUAUGGAGGUGUGGGGUUCAGAGGAGGCUCUGGAGGAGGCCAAGGAAACAAGGGAAGGAAACCGAGAGGUGAAGAAACAAAAACGCUUCAACAAGAAAGUCAAAGAGCUGCGCAGGGCAGUGAGGAGCAGCAUGUGGACCAAAACAACCACUGCUCACCAGCAUCAGUAUGGACCAGAGGAGGUGGUGGACCCAGAGGACGACCUGUACAAGAAAACCUGCACCACCUGCGGACAUGAACUCACCUACGAGAAGAUGUAAACACACACACACACACACACCAUUUCUCCUACAUAAGGAGCCAAUAUCACUCUUGCAUUAUUACGUUAUUUCUCCUUUAAAAGGCAGUUUAGUCACGCCAGUUCUAACAGUGACUCUGGAGUUUCCGUUGCUAUUUUUAGCAGAAACUUAACAGAUUGCCUCUCACUGCUGUUGCUGGUUGCUAUACUUCCUGUUAGGAAUCUCCUUUUACAAAUCAAGGGAGACACAAUGUUGAAACUUUCAAUUUCAUGGUCCUCAAAAUGUGAAUUUUGAGGUGGUGCUUUGUUUUAGUUUGUACCAACUGUUUUUGGACUGAAUUGAGACAUCAUUUUAAAUGACAGUCAAAUGAAUUCUAAAGUGUCCAACGUCACAACCAGGUCUAAAAGCUGCUUAUUAAUUUAUUAGCUUAUUAAUCUUUUUCAUCUGAACGGAAUCAGAUUACAGCAUUGUGCCACUGCUCAGCUCAAACCUCUCUCAUCAUACUUUUUUUUUUUUUAAUAACAUCAAUUUAGUAAUUACAAUGUAGACAUUUGGCUGGGCAAAGAUGUAGUUAGAAAUUAUUCUGGUGUGAUGUCAUUCAGAUGUUUACAUGGCGAUGAUACAGAGAGACGGUGCUAUGGCUUUACUCAAGACUAUGAUUAAAGACCUGACAUCUUUGCAUCCUCAAGUAAAAGCUGUCACAUUCAUGUUGUGGCAGUUCAAUCUAAGUGCAAGUGUAGAUCCUGUAGUUUAUUAAAGGUAAAAAUGUCAUGAUCUGUGUUUUUUUUCUUUCUUUCUUCACAGUAAUGUGCUAUAAAUAAUAAGGUGGUCUAAUAUUUUCGGCCAUUUGUACCAUUUUGUUCAAGUUGCAGAUUUUUUUUUUUUUAAUAAAUCACUUUAAAUGCA